GCGCCUCUGGGCGGGCUAGAGUGUCUCCUUCCUCUCGUGCAGCCGCGUGAGUGACCUUCUGGCGCCCACCGUGAUGCUGGCCGCGGCUGCUCGCCCCUUGCGGGGUCCCUGCUUGAGGUUCCGGGCCGCGGCCCUGCUGCAGACCAGGCUGCCAUUAUUGGGUAUUUGUGCCCUGAGGCUAAUGAGAAGCAGCUGUCAUCAAAGAAGAAGUGAAACUCUGGCUGGAGCCACUCUGGACAAUGCCCCCAAGCAGUACCCUCCUAAGAUUCAACAGUUAGUACAGGACAUCGCUGGCCUCACUCUAUUGGAAAUCUCUGAUCUCAACGAGUUACUGAAGAAAACACUGAAGAUCCAGGAUGUGGGACUCAUGCCAAUGGGUGGCAUGAUACCAAGUGCUGCCACUGCAAAGGGAGCCCCUGAUGCAGCAGAAGAGGAAGAGGCACCCAAGCAGAAGGAACGAACACAUUUCACUGUUCGGCUAACAGAAGCCAAGCCUGUGGAUAAAGUGAAACUAAUCAAGGAAGUAAAGAAUCACAUCCAAGGCAUAAACCUUGUGCAGGCAAAGAAGCUGGUAGAGUCCUUGCCCCAGGAAAUCAAAGCCAAUGUUGCCAAGUCAGAAGCAGAGAAGAUUAAAGCAGCCUUGGAAGCAGCUGGUGGCACUGUGAUUUUGGAGUAGGAGUUUGGGGUUCUGAAGGACUUGUGCAAAAUGGGGCUUAUUCCAGUCCAGUCUGACCACUUGGGCAAUAGUCCCAUGUCUAUUGCUGCCUGCAGACCUGAACAGAUAUGCUUAAUCACUGUGGGUAGUUUGAGUGAGACCUUUCUCAGCUUUUCAGGGGACUGUUCUGGGAGGGAAGGGAGGCCCAUCUGUCCCAGGGCCCUUUUAAAAGGCUACUGUGAAGAAGGACUCUGUGAAACAAAAGAGUGGGGAGCAAGUUUGUUCAAACAGUAGUCUAUGAGGAAAAUACAUUAUUAUACAGAC